AUGAUGCUCCGGUCCGCCCUCGUCGCCGCCGUCGCCGCCCUCUCGUGCGGCCUCGCCUCGGCCCUCGAGACCUUUGAGCGGAACCUCAUCUUCCAGCCGCCCGACAACUACACGGACCCGCGCGUCCUCUACCCCCGGACUGUCCAGCUCGACGACGGCCGCCUCCUGGGCACCUGGGAGAAUUACUCGCCCGAGCCCCCGCUGGUCUGGUUCCCCAUCUACGAGUCCCUCGACGGCGGCCUCACCUGGGAGGAGGUCGGCCAGGUCCACGACCAGGUGAACAACUGGGGCCUGCGCUACCAGCCCUUCCUGUACGAGCUGCGCCAGGACUUCGCCGGCUACCCGGCCGGGACCAUCCUCCUGGCCGGCAACAGCAUCCCUACCGACCUCAGCGAGACCCAGAUCGACCUGUAUGCCUCCCAGGACAAGGGCCGCACGUGGGAGUUCCUCUCCCACGUGGCCCGCGGCGGCCGAGCCAUCCCCAACAACGAAGAGACCCCCGUGUGGGAGCCUUUUAUCCUCAUCUUCGAGGACGACCUGAUCCUGUACUACGCCGACCAGCGCUCGUCCGAACACGGCCAGGAGAUCUCGCACCAGACGACCAAGGACCUCAAGGCCUGGUCCGACGUCGUCAUCGACGUCUCGUACCCGCGCUACACCGACCGCCCCGGCAUGCCCUACGUCACGCAGCUGGCCAACGGCGACUACAUGUACACGUUCGAAUGGGGCGGCGCCGACAUCAUCAGCCCGUACUCGUUCCCCAUCUACUACCGCAUCGCCAAGGACCCGCGCAAGUUUGCCGAGGCCCCCGACCACUACAUCAAGAGCACCAACGGCGGCGUCUUCCCCAUCAACAGCCCCAACGUCGUCUGGUCGCCCGUCGGCGGCUGCAACGGCACCAUCGUCGUCAGCAGCAACAGCGCGCCGCUCUUCGUCAACCGCCGCGGCGGCGACCCGGACGCCUGGGUCGCCUACGACUCGCCCGAGGCCGGCGCCUACACCCGCAACCUGCGCAUCAUGGAGGACGACCCGGACUUCCUGCUCAUCAUGAGCGCCGGCGUGCUGCCGCCGAGCACCACCAACAAGGUCACCGUCAGCAUGCUGAAGCUAACGGACCUCUUGGGCCUCAAGCAGGCGUGA